AUGGCAGACACCAAAGCUCCGGUCUUCGAGAUCCCGAAGAUGUGCAAGGCGGGCGUGGUAGUGAACGAGGGCCCGGAUUUCCAUGUGGAGGUGCAAGAGUUGCCUGUGCCCGAGAUCAAGCCACAUGAAGUCCUCAUCAAGCUCAAUGCGACCGGCAUCUGCCACUCGGAUAUCCACUUCAUGGUCAACGACUGGGCGUUGCCAAAGAUGUCGGAUCUGGGCACCAAGUGUGCGGGGCAUGAGGGUGCAGGCGUGAUUGUGAAGGUUGGCGAUGCGGUCAAGUCCCUGAAGCCUGGUAUGAGGGCUGGAUACAAGCCCAUCCAGGAUACAUGCGGCGUCUGCGAGCUCUGCCGUACCGACAAAGAGUGCUACUGCCCCAAUGCGGUCAUGACGGGUCUCAUGGUCGACGGCUCCUACAAGCAAUACAUCGUCUCGCCCGAACGAUACACCACUAUCAUCCCCGACGGCGUGUCCGACUUCAUCGCCGGUCCCAUUAUGUGCUCCGCCUCUACAAUCUACACCUCGAUCAAGGAGUCUGGUCUGCGACCUGGUGAUUGGGCCGUGUUCCCUGGUGCCGGCGGCGGCGUCGGAAUGCAGGGUCUCCAGCUAGCGAAGGCAAUGGGCCUGAGGCCAGUAGCGAUCGACACAGGAGAAGACAAGAAGAAGCUUUGCCUCGAGACCGCCGGCGCAGAACACUUCAUCGACUUCAAGACCGUCUCUAACGUCGCGGAAGAAGUAAUCCGCAUCUGCGAUGGCAUCGGCGCGCACGCUGUCUUCGUCACCGCCGUGCAGACAUACCCAUCGUCCCUGACCUAUCUCGGCGGGCGUAUCGGCGGCAAGGUUAUGUGCAUCGGCCUACCACCCGCGGGAAGUCUGCAUAUUGAUGUCGAUCCGAACCAGAUGUGCUUUAAAAAGCAGGGUGUGCAGGGUACGUUGGUGAGCAGCAUGGCGGAUGUGGACCAGACGCUCCAAUUUGCGAAGAGGGGUCUGUUGAAGCCGAUUUACACGGUGUAUCCGUUGAGCAAGUUUGAUGAGGCGGUGCAGAAGCUGAGGAGGGGGGAGAUUGCAGGACGGGCGGUUGUUGAUUUCAACUCAGAAAUAUGCUCUUCCCGCUGCCAAGAAGUACAUGCCAAGGGGAUGUCGAGCUCGUCAUCAAGCCAGUCCGCCCAUGGACAGGCCGAAGCGUCCUCCAGCCGAUCGAAUGCGAACCGGCAGCCUACCGUAGAAGAUGAGAUCGGAGAGGAGGAGGGGCUGCUGAGCGAGGAUCCGCUGGAGCAUACUUUACCGGAGCAGAUCUCCUUCAAGCGCAAACAGAAAGCCGCCGCCUCAUCACCCUUCGGCAUCCCGCGCUUCUUCUCUUCCCCCGCCGGAACGCCUAGUAACCGUAAUUCUCCUCUCCCACGACCACCGCAAUCACGACUGCAGCAACUGCGGACCAACCCGCAUGCGAACGACUCGACGGAGCUUAUCUUGAACUACCUGGAUACACCCGGUGAUGCUGGAACAAACCUACAAGAUGCAAAGGACGCAAAUGGCUUGGAUUGGUAUGUCGAAGGACCGGGCCGCCGCGUCGGAUACGACGAUCUCACGGCUAUUGACUGGAUCUUCGAAUAUGCGAAGGAGCGGCAACGGCUGCGGUAUCUCUACACCGGCGCAUCAGGCAUCCUGGGAUAUAUAAAGCAGAUCGCGGACGCGAGUCAGAUAUGGCUGAUACUCAUCGCGGCGGGUAUACUCAGUGGUGGCAUCGCAGCGUUCAUCGAUGUCGCGAGCGACUGGUUGGGAGACCUGAAGACGGGAUACUGCAACCACCAAGACGGAGACAUGGACGGAGACGGGAAAUUCUACCUGAACAAAGGAUUUUGCUGCUGGGGUUACUCGGAGUACUCUCAGUGCAGCGAUUGGCAUCCUUGGAGUAGUGCGUUGGGAAUUAGCUCCAAGGGAGGUGGUUGGAUUGUGGAGUAUAUAUUCUUCGUUGUAUUUUCGAUUAUAUUCGCCGCGUGUGCCAGCAUUCUGGUUCGCGAGUUUUCGACGUAUGCCAAACAUAGCGGUAUCGCGGAGAUCAAGACGGUCCUGGGCGGCUUCGUUAUUCGGCGUUUUCUAGGUGGUUGGACUUUGCUAGUGAAGACACUAGGCCUGUGUCUUGCGGUUGCAUCUGGUCUUUGGUUGGGCAAGGAAGGUCCUUUGGUGCACGUUGCAUGCUGCUGUGCGAACCUCUUCAUGAAGCUAUUCCACAAUGUCAACGACAACGAAGCACGAAAGCGAGAAGUGCUUUCCGCUGCCGCCGCAGCCGGCAUCUCAGUGGCCUUUGGUUCGCCUAUCGGCGGCGUUCUCUUCAGUCUUGAGCAACUCUCCUACUACUUCCCCGAUAAAACCAUGUGGCAGAGCUUUGUCUGUGCCAUGGUAGCCGCGGUGACACUUCAAGCCUUCAAUCCCUUCCGAAGUGGCAAGCUCGUUAUGUAUCAAGUCACUUACCACAGCGGCUGGCAUGAUUUCGAACUGGUACCCUUUGCCUUCCUCGGCAUCCUGGGCGGCCUGUAUGGCGGGCUGUUCACCAAGCUCAACAUGCGAGUUGCGGAGUGGCGUAAGCAGAGGACGUACCUGAAAGGCCCCGUUACCGAGGUCGUCGUGGUGGCAUUUAUCACCGCGAUGAUCAACUACCCCAUCAAGUUCAUGAGAGCGCAGGCCUCUGAGCUUGUAUACUUUCUCUUCGCCGAAUGUGUAGACCUGUCGGAAGACACGCUGGGCUUGUGCAAAGCCGGGAAAGCAAAUACCGGAGUUAUCGCGCUUCUCCUAAUCUCAGCUGGACUGGGGAUUAUUCUCGCUAGCUUCACAUUCGGCCUCCAGAUUCCGGCAGGCAUCAUCCUUCCUUCCAUGGCCAUCGGUGGUCUCUAUGGACGCGCCGUUGGACUGACGGUGCAGGUAGUCCAGCAAGCAUGGCCCAGCCUUUUCGUCUUUGGGUCCUGCGAACCAGACGUUCCAUGCGUCACGCCAGGCACGUACGCGAUCAUUGGUGCGGCGUCUGCACUUGGAGGAGCCACCAGAAUGACGGUCUCCAUCGUGGUCAUCAUGUUCGAGCUCACGGGUGCACUCACCUACGUACUGCCCAUCAUGAUUGCUGUCAUGAUCGGUAAAUGGAUAGGCGAUGCUAUCUCGCCCCGCGGUAUCUAUGAAUCCUGGAUUCGCUUCAACGGUUAUCCAUUCCUCGACAACCGCGAUGACAACGGAUCUUCUGUGCCCGACGUUCCAGCAGCGCAAGUAAUGACACGCAUUGAUGACCUGAUCGUCAUCACGGCAACCGGCCAUACCAUCGAGAGCCUCCGCAAACUUCUCGCGCAACAUCGCUUCCGAGGAUUCCCGGUUAUCGACAACCCACGCGAUGCGCUCCUCCUAGGCUACAUAUCUCGCACCGAACUCGCAUAUGCACUAUCCGCCGCCCUCUCCGCACCUCGAAAUCUCUCCGACGAUACAGAAGCAUACUUCUCCCAUCAGCCCCUCUCCGAUCCAACUACCUCCCUCGAUCUCCGUCCCUGGAUGGACCAAACGCCCAUAACUCUAAACGCGAAAGCAAGUUUCCAACUCACUGUAUCCAUGUUCCAGAAACUGGGUUUGCGAUACGUUCUCUUCGUCGAUCGAGGGACCUUGAAAGGUCUGCUCACCAAGAAGGAUGUUUGGUUUGUCCUUAAUGGAAUGGAUGAGAGCGAAGAUGCAGGCGCUGGCGUUGGGCGAGGCGCAUUAAGGGAACAGCCAGAGGAUGAAGGUAGCGAGGAGCGAGGGUUGUUAGCGAGUCCGGCGGAUGAGGAUGGGAGUCUCAGGGAUAGCGAGGGUCUGAGGAACGAUCGCUAUAUUCACCGAAAGAGAGGCGAGAUUAAUGGGAAUCGCGGGGAGCAGCAGUUACGAGGGCUAGCGAUGUAUCUUUCGAUACGGGCGACGGGGUUCCGACUGUCAAAGAGCACGGAAUACGCGAAACAACUUCCAUUACCAGCGCCUUGGAGUUAG